AUGACACCACCCAUCGAAUCAGUAGAGGAUCUUGCCAACCAAAACAAAAUUCUUUAUGGAGUUGUGAAGGGAGGUUCAACUGCGGCUUUCUUUGAGGUCGGUUUGGAUGUUCAGUUCCGUGAUUUCAAAGCAAAGUUUAGAUCAGAAUCGGUCUUCGUAGAUACCUACGCAGAAGGCAUUGAAAGAGUGAGAAAGAGUAAGGGCCGAUAUGCUUUCUUACUGGAAGAAACCACAAACAAUUAUGAAGGUGGUCGCAAACCUUGCAAUACGAUGAAGGUUGGGCAAAAUUUAAACACCCUCGGAUAUGGGAUCGCAACGAAGAUUGGGAGUCCCCUCAGGCACGUUCAUCGUAACUUGAUUUGAUA